UCACCUUGAUCUCUAAUAACCCUUUUUCUUGAUUAUCAAAAGUCAAUAAUAUUAAAUAUAUUUUAAGAUAGAUGGCACUACUUGUCAUUUAAGUUCUAUAAAGUGGAGCAGACGACACAUACAUCCAUUGCCAAAGUUCACAGAUAUGACUGCAAAUCAAGUACUAGUUACCGGUGGCACCGGAUUUGUUGCUUCGCAGGUUAUUAAAUGUUUUCUUGAAGGUGAUUUCUUUGUCACUGCUAGCGUCCGUAAUAAGAAGAAUAAGAAGAAGAUCGAACCCCUCUUGUCUCUGUGUACAAAAGCCGCAAAGCCUGCUGAACGUUUACAGUUAGUAGAGGCCGACCUUUUGAACUACGACGGAUGGGAGAAAGCUGUACAAAAUUGCUCUCUUGUUAUUCACGUAGCCAGUCCAUUUCCGGGUAGUGCCCCGAAAGAUGAAAAUGAAAUAAUCAAACCGGCUGUAGAAGGAACGCUUAACGUUUUGAAAGCUGCAGCAACAAAUGAUAAUAUUCACAAAGUUGUUUUAACUAGUUCAGUAUCAUCAAUAUCUGGUGGGUUCCAAGGUGGUGGUCCUUUCACCGAAGAUCAAUGGACAAAUACAGGUGACAGUACGAUUAUGGCUUAUGUGAAGAGUAAAACACUCGCAGAAAGGGCUGCUUGGAAAUUUGUUGAGGAACAAAAGGAGAAAGUAGGCCGAUGUUUUGAUUUAGUAACAAUCAACCCUUCGUUUAUUCUCGGACCUACACUAUGUGGAACUGAAUUUACUUCGAUGGAGCCAAUCAAAAGGAUAAUUGAGAGACAGAUGCCAUUGCUACCAAAAUUGAAUUUUUCCGUUGUUGAUGUAAGAGACGUCGCUAAAGCCCACUUCAUAGCAGCCACUGAUGAUGGACUAAAAAAUGAACGCUUCAUUCUACACAAUGAAAAUAUUUGGAUGCAGCAACUAGCGAUCAUUCUAGAAAAGGAGUUUAAAUGGCAAGGUUAUAACGUUCCUACGACUGUAGCUCCUUCAGGGAUAGUAAAACUUGUAGGAUUCUUUGACAAAACAAUAAAAAAUAUCAUACCAAUGUUGGAAGUUGAAACGUACUACGACAAUUCAAAAAUGAUAAAUAAAUUAAAAUUACAACCAACUCCUGUUGAUCAAACAAUUAUUGAUAUGGCUUAUUCAAUGAUAGAAUCAGGAUUUGUAAAAAAAACUAGCAAAUAUAGAGGAAUUCCACCUGGAAGUGACAUAAACUGUGCGCAUCUGUGAUUUAUUUAACUAUAGAUUAUUCAUUCUGUUGGUUUUCUUAUCAAUAUAAAAAUAUUAAAUAUUUUUUGACAA